AUGGGGUCUCGCUGUGCCAAGCUCAGCACAGGACACAGUGGCCGGGGCCACGAGUCCUCCAUGAAGAAGCUGGUGGCCUGCGUGAGCCAAGAUAACUUCUCCUUGUCGUCGGAGGAAGAGGAGGAGGACGAGGAGGUGGAGGAGGACGAGGACGAGGAGGAGGAGGAGGACGAGGACGAGGAGGAGGUGCCGGUGCAGGGCAAGCUGCUGCUGAUGGAGCCGGAGCCGCAGGAGGAGACCUCGGAGGAGGACACGGCGGCCGGCACGCAGAGCCCCGAGCCGCAGCCCAAGCGCCCCUGA